AUGGAACAAGGUAUCCAAACAAUUGGAAUCACUCCGAUUCAGUACACCUACUACCAAACACCAACUGGAAGUUAUUAUGAUGUUUAUAGUCCAUUAGACUCUUCAUCGUCCACCUCAGUCCUCUCACCGGCGUCCUCAUGGCCUUCACCUCCACAUCAUUUCCAAGACCCGCAUCCAAGCCAUCUGAUCCAUGCCCAACAAAUGCCAGGCACACCAAUGGGUGUGAUCACUGUGCCUCCCAGAUACCUCCAGCUGGGUGACUCCAAUAACCAGAGCACGCCACCAUCCUACAUGUCUCCACCUCUUACUACCACACCUCCAUUGCCAUUGCCAAUGACACCACUACCAUCACCACCACCACUACCUAUGUCCAGUCCAGAGCAUCAAUUGAAACUGGAACAGAUGGAGUCCAAACUGAUCGAGUUCUUGACCACCUACAAGAUGUCAUUCAUACAUUGGAGAAUGAUGUCCUUUAUGGGAUACCUCUCUGUGUUCAACUUCUUCCAAAACAUCGCUCCAGCAUCCAAGUACGCCAGUCUUCCAAUUGACUUUAGUCUGAAUCCAUUCAUGACCUGUCAGAAGAUGGACAAGGUCACUGAGCCACAGUUCAAGGGUACCACCAAGGUCCUAGAGCACCUUUACCUCAAGGAGAACUACAUCCUUGAUGAUCAAUACCAGAGGAGAGUGAAUGAGCAAACCAAGAUAUUCCAACUAAUGAUGCAUUGUCGUCCCCAAUCCAACAAUGAGAUUGAGUCCAAGUACAAUCAGAUUAGAUCAACAUUCCAUGUGAUUAAGUCAUUCCAGAAGACCAACACAUGUGAUACCCUGCUCAAGAUACUCAAGAUCUACGCCAAGAAACAAAAGAAUAGAAGGAUACUUACCGAAGCACAGGAUCAGUCCAUGAACACAUGGUUCAAAGAACAUGAGAAGGAUGAAUGUGGACCAUAUCCAGAUGACAAUGAGAAGUCUAUCCUGGGUGCCAUGAACAAUAUGUCCAAGUCACAGCUGGAUAAUUGGUUCGGCAACAAGAGAAUGAGAGACAAGUAUAGGAAGAACUCAUCUUCUGGUAUCUCCUCCAACAGCAGCAACAACAACAAUAACAAUAGCAUCAACAAUGGAAGGGUAGUUGGCUAUUGUUUGGACAACCCUGACCAGUGGAACAACUACCAUCUAAACAACAACAUCAGCAGGAUUGAGGUCCCAACAUAUCAGUGCCAGGUCAUCAAGGAGGAGGUGAUUGAAACACCUGUCGAUGACAUCUUCAUGGAUGAAGUCGAGACCACCGAUGAACUCAUGGACGUUGAUGAGUUUGACGACGAUGAGGAGGAUAUGGAUGAAGAGGAUGAGGACGAGACCGAUGAGGAGGUGGGUGAAUUCUCCAGCGACGACACUGAUGAUGAAUAG